UGCAUUCCCAAAUUGGUUGGGUCGGGUCGGGUCGGAAUGGCCACCAGCAACCCGCCCGUUUCCCCAUUCGAAAUGUCCUUCCUCAAAGAAACCCUAUGCGCCCAACAGAACCUCCUCCAGAAGCUCUACUCCGAACUCGACGCCGAGCGCGAAGCCUCGGCCACCGCCGCCAGCGAGGCACUCAACGUAAUUCUCCGCCUACAAGGCGAAAAGGCCGCCGUCAAAAUGGAAGCCGAGCAAUACAAACGUCUCGCCGAGGAGAAAAUGUGCCACGCCGAAGAAUCCUUCGCCAUAAUCGAGGACAUCAUCUAUCAGAAGGAGUUGGAAUUAGCCGCGCUCGAUUAUCAGGUACAAUCCUACCGGUACAAGCUCAUCAGCCUCGGCUGCCCGGACCCCGCCUCGUCAUCAGUCGACCUCAAAUUCCCCCAAAAUCUCUUGCAGAGGAGCGACAGCCUGUCGGGGAAGAAGAAUUGCCCCAGCCUCGGGAGGCGAAACUCUGCCCCAAUACUGCCCAAGUUGAAAAAGCCCGCGAGCCCGGAGCCCGAUAUUCCAGCCUCGUACGGAGAAGAGAUUCGGAUGCUGGAUAUCCGUGUGAGGGAGAUAACGGGCCCGAAUUACCCGGGCCUGAGCCCGAAGAGCGAAAUCCCGAGCUCACCGAAUGUGCACGAUGUUUUCGAGGUGCCGCAGGUCGAAAAACCGAGCGAGAAGGUGAUGGGGAAAAACGAGCCCGAUUGGCUGAAGAAGCUGUUCCUGCAGUCGAGUGGUGAUGAGAAGGGGUUGUGCAAGCCGAGCCAUAUUGCGGCUAUUGACCGGGCCAUUGUUGGGCCUAUUGUUGGGCCUGUGGCGAGUACGAGUGAGUCCAGGCCCGGUUUGAGUAUGGUGAGAGAGGUGGAGAGGGAGGAAGGAAUACCGGAUUCGAGAGAGGAGGAAUUGAAACUGUUGAAAGAGAUCAAAGAGGAGAUAAAUUUGUUGAGGGAUGAGAUUAGGAGUCUGAAAGAGAAGAAUGUUUCGGAUGAGUCGUCGAGUUAUAAUCUACCCGAGGUUCGCAAUGCUUCAUUUCUGGCUUUGACGAAGAAGUAUAGUUUGGGAGAUCUGAAGAUAUUAUCAUGAGGCGAAAACAACGUGUUCUUCGUUAGGGAAACAUAGAAAUGUGUCCAUUCUGACCCGUCAAACGCCUGGUUUGUUUGUGUAUAGCGAUUUUUUGCAAUUUGUACAUUUGUCGAGAUGGAUGCAGUUUUCUUUUGUCAGAUUCUGUUAUUUUUUUUCUUGACCUUUGAAAUGAUCAGAGAAUGACACUUGGCUGGUGCGUGAUAUGUACAUUGUGUGAAAAGGUUAGCUGAAUGAGGAGAUUCGGCUUCAGCACUAAAGAAUCUCCGAAUGUUGUAAGAAAACGAAUUCUAUUAAAGAUAUUUUCAUUUUCCUUUGUA